AUGUCACCGUCGUCCGCGAGAGCGCAACAGUCGCGUCCGCGAAGUAGCCCCAUAUUUCCAAAUCAGGCGCCGCGAUCAAUCCCAGUCCCCGACGUGGGCACUGCAGCCUUCCCGUCGCCGCCGCCGUCGCCGUCGCCGUCGCCGCCGCCGCCGUCCAUUCCACGCCAACGCGGCUGCCUUCUGACGCAAUCAGGCGUGGUCCGCUGCUUCUCCGCUGAUCCUCGCCCGCUGCAUCUUCAACGCCCUCCCCGACAGCACCCGUCCACGUCCUUCUCCCCGGAUCACUCGGUCUGCCCGCCCACAUGUUUUCCAACCUCUCCCCGACCCCCGACUCUGGCACGCACACACGCACGUCCUCGCUCGGCGUCCUCCCCCGCGGCUCAAAUCCGCACACUUAAUUACCGGCGCACCAACACAGACGUCCCCCCGCCGCACUGCCAUCCAUAUCCAUCUCCCGCUCCCCAUUCGUCCAUCGCUGCAUAUCGACCAAUAACCCCCGAGUGCGUUCACGCGCCCCGGGGCUCACGGAUCCUCGCUCGCUCGAGAGUCGGCCUCGCCACAGGGACACGCACGCACGCACGCACGCACGCACGCACAGCCCCGCACGCGCAUAUUCGACGUCCUGAAUGA